CGGCCCAAGGCGCCGAGCGUCCGGGUCCUGGCGCAGGCGCAGAGAGCGGCGGCGGAGAAACGGCGGGGCUCGGCCGGUGGCGUUGAAAGAGAUGGAAGUCCACCGGGCCUUGGAGAGGCUGCACAUGACCAUCUUCUCUCAGAGCGUCUCUCCCUGUGGCAAGUUCCUAGCAGUAGGGAAUAACUAUGGGCAGAUUGCCAUCUUCAGUUUGUCAGCUGCUUUGAGCUCAGAGGCCAAAGAGGAGAGUAAGAAGCCAGUGGUGACCUUCACAGCCCACGACGCCCCAGUAUACAGCUUGGUCUCUACAGAUCGACACUUACUCAGUGCCGGGGAUGGCGAGGUGAAGGCUUGGCUCUGGGGAGAAAUUGUCAAGAAGGGCUGCAAGGAAGUGUGGAGCCGCCAUCCCCCAUACAGGAACAGUCUGGAGGUUCCUGAGAUCAACACUUUACUCCUGAAUCCCAAGGAGAAUUCUCUGCUCUUGGCUGGAGGCGACUGUCUGCUUCACACCAUGGAUCUGGAGACGGGGACAUUCACACGCUCCCUGCGGGGUCAUUCCGAUUACAUUCACUGCCUGGCUCUGCGCGAGAGGAGUCCAGAGGUGCUGUCUGGGGGCGAGGACGGGGCCGUGCGGCUCUGGGACCUGCGCACGGGAGAGGAGGUCCAGACCAUUGAGGUCUACAAGCAUGAGGAGUGUGCCCGUCCCCAGAAUGGGAAGUGGAUUGGCUGUCUGGCCACUGACUCAGACUGGAUGGUGUGUGGCGGGGGACCCGCUCUCACCCUCUGGCAUCUCCGUUCCGCAACCCCCACGACCGUUUUUCCGCUCCGGGCUCCUCAGAAACAUGUCACCUUUUACCAAGACUUGAUACUGUCAGCCGGCCAGGGACCCUGUGUGAACCAGUGGCAACUGAGCGGGGAGCUUAAGGCCCAGGUGCCUGGCUCUUCCCCCAGCCUACUCAGCCUCAGCCUCAAUCAGCAGCCGGCUGCCCCCGAGUGCAAGGUGCUGACAUCUGCAGGGAACAGCUGUCGAGUUGAUGUAUUCACCAAUUUAGGCUACCGGGCUUUCUCUCUCUCCUUCUCCUGACCCCUGCUCCUCACAACAUAGACCUUAGUUUUUCUAAAUAAAUUGCUAAAAACUUCAA